UCUGCAGCCUCUCCUUUAAAACACUUCACAGCACAGAAACUGUGCCGACCGAGUCCUCUCUUGUGUCCAGACACUUCAGUCGAACCUCUGCUUAUGUCGUCCAAAUCAGAUUAUUAUUAGGCAGGAAAAGUGGAUCCUGACGUAACCGGUUUAUAAAUCCCGCCGGAGGAGCGACACCUCCACCACCACCAUCGCUCCCUCUGUCUACUCCAUCCUGACAACGACGGAGGCGUCCCCACCGACAACAGAGCAUGGCUCCUCGGUUCAAUUUCUGAGACGGACCGGACACUGACAUGGCGUCGUACCUGGAGAUCGCAGACGACGAGAAGGGCUUCGACUUGGACCUUUUCUGUGUGCCCAGACAUUAUGAAAAAGAUCUGGACAAGGUGAUCAUUCCUCAUGGGCUCAUCAUGGACAGGACUGAGCGUUUGGCCCGCGACAUCGUCCGUGACAUGGGGGGCCACCACAUUGUCGCUCUAUGCGUGCUGAAGGGCGGCUACAAAUUCUUCGCGGACCUGCUGGACUACAUUAAAACGCUGAACCAGAACAGCGAUAAAUCUGUGCCGCUGACGGUGGAUUUCAUCAGAGUGAAGAGCUACUGUAAUGACAAAUCAACCAACAGCGUCAAAGUCAUAGGAGGCGAUGAGCUGUCCAGUCUUUCCGGCAAGCAUGUUUUGAUAGUCGAGGACAUUGUGGAGACAGGCAGGACAAUGCAAACGUUGCUGUCCCUGCUAAAUGAAAGCAGACCCAAGAUGGUGAAAGUGGUGAGUCUCCUGGUGAAGAGGACUCCCAGGAGUUCAGGGUACAGACCAGACUACAUUGGCUUUGAGGUCCCUGACGCCUUCCUGGUGGGCUACGCUUUGGACUACAAUGAGUACUUCAGAGAUCUCAGUCACAUCUGCAUACUGAAUGACGAGGCCAAGGAGAAGUACAAAGUGUGAAGCGAUGAAGAAGCCAAUUACUCACGACUGGGACCACUGUGAUGAUCGUCCUUAAUUCUUUAUUUUUCUACACAGAAGAGCCCAAAAAUGUGCUUGUAAAUUGUGAAUAAGAAUAUUAAUUCCCCAGUCCUCCUGAAUGAAAAGCAAGAGGUUGAUUGGUUCAUUAUAAGAAGGAGGUAUUAUUUUGGUUACAACAUGAAGUGUAUUUAUUUGUUGCUCAAGGGUUUUAUGUACAUUAGAUUUAUCUUUUAAUAUUAAGAAUGUAACUCAUUGGUUGUCGCUCAUGACUGAGACUGUAUGUUCAGUGAAUAGGUAGUCUUUAGUUUGCACUUAAUGUCCAUGUACUGUAUCAUAUUCACUUUAUGCCAAGUGACUGACGACUGAUUGAGAAUCUACGUACUGUAUUGUUUUAUUUCAGAAAUGGCAUUUUCAUCAUGGACCUGCAGUUGAAACAAAGAAUACUGUUCCGCUCUUUUAUUGCACACAUUCAGGUUGGCCAGCAGAGGGAGCAAUAAGAAUAAAACUGCAGAGAAUA